CGAGCUCUGGUUUGUGGAAGGAAAGCCAGCGAAUUGAAUGGCUUGCUUCCCCUUUGUAUAGAGCAGAUCCUGUCGUAUUCGGGUUCGAUCGGAGUACUUUUGCUCGGAUCGUUAGUAUGCUGAGCCCAGUCCGCGAACUGAUCCUGCCAUCUCCCCCACCUUAAUGCCCUCCUCAACGGCCCUACAACCGACUUUGAUCUGGCGAACAUCAUUCAGGUCAAGCAGUACUAGCUAGUUCUCUUUUACCAAGCCUCCCAUGGCGGGCGACCACGAGGAUUCCUCCCCAACCUCAGACAGCGACUGGGCCUCGAGCGAUGAUGCAUCGCUAGACGUAACUACUCUAGCUUCAAGCGUUCUCAAUUAUGUAUACAAGAAUGGCCGGCGAUAUCAUGCCUACCGCCCAGGCACGUAUUUAAUGCCGAACGACGACGAGGAGCAAGACCGAAUGGACCUCCUCCACCACAUCUACGCCCUGAUCCUCGACGGCGAGCUUCAUCUCGCUCCCAUCAAAUCCCAUCCGGAGCGAGUCCUAGAUCUUGGAACCGGCACAGGAAUCUGGGCGAUAGAUUUUGCCGAUCAGUAUAAAUCCGCAGAAGUAUUAGGAAAUGAUCUCAGCCCUAUCCAGCCUAGUUGGGUCCCCCCAAACUGCCAAUUCGAAGUCGACGACUACGAAGCAGACUGGGUCUACUCCCGCCCGUUCGACUACAUCCACGGCCGUGAACUUGCCGGCGCAGUCAGCAACUUCGAUCGCCUCUUCCGCCAGGCCCUCACGCACCUCAAACCAGGCGGGUACCUCGAGCUGCAAAGCUUCCGCGUCGAGGUCUACGCCGACGACGACUCGUUAGACCGAGCGCCCUACACGACGAAAAUGUGCGCCCUGAUCCAAGAAGCAAGCGCCAGGUUUGGAAAGCCCAUGGCGAACAUGGAUGAGUGGGCAGAUAAGAUGAUACAUGCUGGGUUCGAGGAUGUGACGUGCAAGAUCUUCAAGGUGCCAAUUAGUCCGUGGCCGCAGGAUCGGAAGAUGAAGGAGAUUGGGAAGUAUUUUCAGGCGCAGCAGAUGCAAGGGAUUACGUCUUAUGUGCCGGAGUUGUUGUCGAUGAUGUUGGGGUGGGGGAAGGAGGAGGUGGAUGUUCUGAUGGCGCAUGCUAAGAGGGAAUUGGUGGAUACGGCUGUGCAUCAGUAUGGGAAGUUGUAUUUUGUUUACGGGAGGAGGCCGGUGAAGUAGGACCUUUUCUCUUGGGAUAUUAAGUGACGAUGGUUGGAAAUAUAAUUGAUUUUGAAAUA